AGUCGAGUCUUAAUUUAUGUUACUCCUAAGGUUUUGCAAGAAAAAAUUCACACAAACGAAGAACAUAUACAACUUGGUGUUAUCAUGUCAGAGAUGCUAAUUGAACGAAAACCACUUGGUGGUGAAUCGUUCGAUACGGAUCUUACAUUAAAUAUUAUUAACCGAUUGUGCAUAAAUUCGUUCCUGGAAUUCCAGAUUUUGCGUCUAG